CUACUCAAUGAUCCAUCCUUACAGGCUACACUACAUGCCUUAAAAGACUUUAUUGUAGUCAACAUAUCAUUCAAUGUCAAUCACUUAGAGAAUAUUCUUUAUUUUCAUCCAAAUGAAUUCUUUGUCUCCUCAGUUAUUCAUGGUCUUCACAAUGGAUUCUGGCCUCUCAACUUUGGUAAAUGGGAAGACUCCCUCUAUGACAAGACUGAGAAUUAUACUAAUGAUCUUCAAGAUAUCAAUGAAAUACGAGCAUUUUGUGAUCAUGAGGUCACAGCCAAAUGUUGGUCAUUAUCACUACCAGAUGGGUUUACACUCUUGCCAGAUAUGAAAGUAUCACCAAUGUUUGUAGUCUAG